UAAAAUGGCAGAAAUGCCAACAAAACAUAAGAAUAAGUUGGUUAUAUUUUAGAUUGUGAAAUUGUAAAGUUGCCAUGGUUGCCAGUAUGUUCGUCCAAUAUUUCUCAAUAAAAUCAUAGAAUGACUACGCCUAAUACAUCUAGUGCAAUAGGGAACAAUGAGGACGACGAGUUGACUCUGCCUAGGGCAAGUAUGAAUAAGAUGAUUAAAGAACUAGUCCCAUCUGUUAGAAUAGCAAACGAAGCCCGAGAGCUGGUGUUGAACUGCUGCACUGAAUUUAUACAUCUUCUCAGUUCAGAAGCGAAUGAGAUAUGUAACCAACUGCAUAAGAAAACAAUAAAUGCUGAGCAUAUAUUUUUGGCAUUGGAGAAAUUGGGAUUUGGCGACUAUCAAGCUGAAGCUGAGGCUGUAUUGAAAGAUUGUAAGGCUGUAGCAGCCAAGAGAAGGAGGCAGAGCACAAGAUUGGAAAAUUUGGGCAUUCCAGAAGAGGAAUUACUUCGACAGCAGCAGGAACUUUUUGCUAGAGCGCGACAAGAACAAGCCUUUGCAGACCAACAACAAUGGGAGCAAUUGCAAGCUGCUGCACAGCAAGCUCAAGCAGCCUCCACACCCAAUGAUGAUGUUGAUGAUUACUCAUAAUACAUUCAUAAGUAGUUUUAAUUAUUUAUAUAUUAAUUAUAUAAAUUAUAAAAGUUGGUUCAAAUCACAAACAUACCAACCAAAAUUUGUUGUGGCUGUUAAACAUCUAAAGUGGUUAGAAAUAGGGCCAAAAGAUUUUUUUUUAUUAA